AUAGUUGAAGCCAAUAUGUGCAGCUACGUGAAGUCUUCCUGUUCCUUGCUGGCCCUCAUCCUGGCACUUGGAGCGGUUUCAGCUCAGCCGGCAAGGCUGGCAAAGCAACUUCAGAAACAGCAAGCAGCACCCUACCCAUCCGCCGACGAACUGAAGCCAGAGGUGCCAUUCGAGGAAGGAGUGCCCGAUCAGACUUAUGGACCACCGGAUCAAACCUACGGACCACCGGAUGUAACCUACGGACCUCCGCCCACCGAUGCAGUUGAGCAGCUUCCCAGCGAUGAGGAGCCGCAAGACUUUACACCCGAUCCGGAUGCAGAGGAAGUUCAGCCCAUCCAGCAGGCUCCCGCUCGCCUGACCAAGCAGAUAAGGAGUGGUCCACGAUCUCAAGGAUUGAUUUUGCUAUCUUCGAGUCCAUUGAGAGUGGCUAAUUCCAAUGGAAUCCCAUUUCCAGUGACCAUUCAAGCCCUGUGGUAG